ACAUGCAUUAACAUGACUAGAGAAGGUAUCAAUUUAAGCAGCUGACCCUUUUGUCUUUUUAUCCAUUCUUCAGUAACUUGGGCUAUGCCUUGCUUGCACGCCUAUUGGCCGAGAGAUUUGCAAAUAACGAUUACGAAGGAUGGGUACAAAGGAAUAUUUUCACUCCACUCGGGAUGAGAAACACAGGUUUCAAUCUUGACAGGUACAGAAACAGAAACUUUGUGUCUUCUUGCUGUCAUCACCUCCUAGAGAGCGUUUUCACAUGGCGUCAUGGCAGCCAUGUUGCCCUUACAAACCAACCCUUUUCUUGCGAAAAGGCUUUCUUUUGUUCCAAUGAAUUUUCAUAGAUGCCCGCCACGUUAGUGAAAACGCUCUAUACUUGAGGAAUUCGCCAUAUGGUGAAUAAGUUUUAAACUUUUAAGUCUUAAGUUGUAAUACCCCAUACUGCAGUCAACGCACCAGGGCAGAUAUUACCUUAAAUAAACUGUUUUGGUAUCAUGCGCCCGAGUUUACCUACCCCUUUCUCUGAUCCCAACAAUAGGAAAACUUUAAAACUUCCGCAAGUUUAUUUGCUAUAUUAUAAUAUACUUAUUCACCGUGUAUGUGUUAAGCUGCCGUGUCUGACCUCUAAAGAUGAAUACAAUUGCAAUUGCAGAAUGUCCUCAAACAAAGCGUUAGGUUACUAUGACGAUCACCAGGCUCCCUUGGUGGACUGGGACUGGGCAUCACCAGCCAUACAAGCUUACUCCACAGCAAACGACCUUUACAAGGUUCGACUUCCUCUGUAUUUUUUAAAAAAAUCACUAACUUUCAGUUAAGGAAAUAUUUAACAGUUAAUGAAUUGUUCAUGUGAUACGAAACCGAAUUCAAUAAUUGUUUUAUUAUUCAUUCAAAAUAAUUCCUAGUUUAAAAACAAAGCUAAAAUAUGCUCCCCUCCAUCGAUGUUAAGUUCACCUUCGAUAGUGCACGUUUAGGGUUGUUCAGCUCCGCAAAUAUUCAGAUGUCGCCCUUCGAUUUGUGUUCUGCCUGUUUUUUUUUUUCAUGUUUUUAGCUAUAAUUUCGCCUAGUUCUUACUCUUGAAACGAGUGAAAUGUCCGCCAUUUCUUGUUUUCACAACCAAAACAACUCAACCCUGUCCCCAGGUCUUCUCGGUUAACGGUGCAUUAACCUGCAAGAACGCUGCAUUUUUGACGUAAUUUCCCCGUUAAACACAAAAUUCUUCCAAAUUUGGUCAUCAGUAAAUGGUUAUGGUGAAUUAUGCGUGUGCUUUUAGCUAACCAGAAUCGGGGAAAUAUUUUGAAUGAAUAAUAAUGAAAGUUAUUUUCUUUAGAGCUGUUUGCACGAUCCUCCCGCCCAGUUCUUGGAACAUUCGUUUUUGAGCAAAAACACUUUCAAAAGAGUUUCACAAAUACCAUCCAUCAGGAUUUUGGUACCACGUGCUCAGAAAUGGUCAAUGUAAACCUGUCAACAAAAUCAACCCAUAAUGGAUUAACCGAAAAACCCCACAUGAAGCAAUCAAUUACUCAGCCAAAAAAAUCAAGCUAUAUGGCUUGCAGCGGGACUGUUCUAAGGAUAACUUAAGCUGAUUGUUUUAUUAGUGCUAAUAUUGUAUCACCUUUUUAUAUUAUUAACUCUCGAAUAUCGUAUUUUCCUUGUAUAUGUAGCUUAUGACGCUAUUAUUUGGUAAAUCGUCGACAAGAAUACUGAACAAACAACUUAUUCAGGAGUUAAUGAAACCAGGUUUGUAAGCAUCCAAGACUUUUAAGGAAGGAGUCUCUCAACAGCUCGGGCUUGCUGUUAAGUGAACUGUAAUUUAGGCUAGCGAGUACAUAAAAAGAGGAUUGUAAUAAGUGUAUGUUAUAGGAUUGCAUGAUGUGCGUGCGCUUUGGAAAUAAUUGGAUGAAAAAAUUACCGAGGAAAACCAAAAUUGACGAGGCCGGGACUCGGGCACUGGUGCCAGGUCUGCUCGUGCACCACUGAAGUGUGAAUAGCCUUCUAUAUAAGAAGGACAUUUAGUGCUAGUCCCAGAAGUGUCCAUCUUGGAAAGCGUCAGCUUUAUAAAUUACAAAGCAUUAGUAUAGUAUGAUGAUAUGGGAUAUGGAUAAGCAGCUUUUUUGAAAGAACAGCAUUCCCUUUUUUUGUCAAUCAAGAAAGAUAACAGUUCUUCUGCUAUGCAUGAUAGUAAUUGUGUAAUGCAAACGAAUACCAGACUAUGAAUAAGUGACAUUAAGUUUGUAAUUGUAAGUUACUUUGUAAUUAUCUUGUAGAUUUCAUGUAUCCAGAUGGCACAACAGUAUUCGGCACUGGUUGGGAAAUCAAAGACGCUGGAACGUACUCGGUGCUGAUGAAAACCGGAUAUAUUCCUGGCUAUUCAGCUGGGUUUGCCUUCGUUCCAGAAUUCAAGCUAGGUUAGCUAAGAUCUAUUUGCCGCUCCUGCUGCAAACAAUUUCUUUAAUGUCUCCGUCUUCCUGCAAACACUCUUUUUGCUUGCAUACAAAUUAUUUUACUGUUUACAGCCUCUACAAACAAUUUAAUUUAAAAUUUUCCAUCCCCCCCUCCCCGGUCAAAAAAAUAAUAGUCCGCCUCUAAGCAUCCCAUCCGGGUGGAGGAGGGGAAUAUUAAUACUCAUAGAUGCUUCAUGCACUGAAACCGAGCAGAGGCUGGUGUGAGUGUUUACCUUUACGUAACUGAUUACUCUUGUUGGAUUAAAUAACUGUUCCCGUUAUUAAACAACUGUAAACGAAAGGGGUAAAUCUGAAACUCGGGUUGAACGAGUCUUCUCAAAUAUUAGCGGCACUCUGUAUUCGACUUAUUCGAGCACACGUGUCAAAGCAAUAUGACGUCCAAUCCUCAGGUUUGGAUGGAAAGGACCGUUUUGUAUAAUUGUGCAUGGAAAUCAAAAUGGAGAAUGAUGAUGAUAAUAAUGAUGAUGAUGAUGAUGAUGAUGAUGAUGAUGAUGAUGAUGAUGAUGAUGAUGAUGAUGAUGAUGAUGAUGAUGAUGAUAAAUGACGUUGAGUUGUUGUCAAGAUUAUUUUCGUAAUAUUUCUGUAGGUGCCAUUGUUCUAGCCAGCGGUCGUGAAUUUGCCGGAACCGCAGCUCUUUCGAUCGUUGAGACGCUGGCUAAAGUUAUGGAUGCAGUUUUAUUACAAGAACAGCUUCAGGUAUUGACGAUCUCAUCAAAUGUUUUCCGUUCUAAAACAGGUCAUACUACGUUCACCACAUUUCAGACGUUGUAAAAUACAUCUAUAUGAUCUGAGAUCUUUUUGGUGGACAGACGUUAACUUCUUAUUGGCUAAUGGUUGCCUUGAAUACCAUCAGCCAAUCAUAACUAACGCAUUUCCACCCAAACGAUCCCAGAGAUCACUGCACUCAAAUCUUGUACCCAUUCUCAAGAAUUUCAGAAGUGGGAAAGACAAACGUUGUGUGAUUCUGUCCUCAAAGACACGCGAAGUUACCGGAAGGCCAUGUUUGUAGUUUAAAAAUAAUAACCUCGCAGUUGUCUGUGCCAUAGAAUAAUGUUAUGAAACGUCACAAACGUUUACUUUGCUGAAGUAUUUGGUAAUUCUUUGUUAUGAAGUUACCCAUAGUGCUCUGCAUUCUUAUCGCUUAUUCGCCACCUGCACAUCUCCCAUGAUGCACCUUGUUUGCCCUCCAAAAUUUUGCUUAAGCAUUAUUUUCAAUUUUUCUUGGGACGGCUGUAAAACCCAGGAUAAAUGAAAAACGAAGGUUAUGCAAAAUUUGGGGGGCAAGUAAGGUGCAUUAUGGGAGAUUUGCAAGUGGCGAAUGUUCUAUCACAUUUCAUGGCUUCGCCUCCCUUUACGUAACAUCUUGGUUUUUUAAAUUUCUUAUUCUGUGUUAUGGGUCCCAUCAAUCUUCUCGGAACAUGUCAAAAAGAUGUCGCGAUCGUUGCCGUAAUACUUUGUACUGCCAGAUAUGGAUGUUCUUACCUUUUUUUCUAAGGAAGCAUCAUAUAUAAUUUCCUAUCUCGUUUUCCUUUCUAGAUUGAAAUAACUCCAAAUAGGAAGCAAUACAUUGGGGAGUAUGCAAUCGUGUCACGUUGGAUACCAGAAGUGAUUGUUAACAUAACUGAAGACCGUGGACUUCUUCUUUUUACGCAGACUCCAAGCUCCUUAGGGUUUUCCUAUCUAAAGCCCAUAAGAGGUCACGAGUUUGAAAUCAUUUACAGAAGUGGAUUGAAAUGCAGCGUAUAUGGAAUGGGACAAAAUCGCGAAAGAGUCAUUUUCGAUCCACCCUCUGAAUCUGGGCAGAGCCUUAGCUUAAAGUUUGGGCCGUUCAUAUUCAAGAGAACGUUACCGCAUCGCGCGCGAAAAGCGAGCGCUUUAAAUACAAAAUUAUCUCCGUCUGGUCUACUUUGAUCACAUAAGACUGCGUCGUAUGAGUGUGAUCGCAUGCAACAUGCAAUCGCAUGCAACAUGCGUUCUGCGUACAUGCACAAGCUGUAGUCUAAAGAUUUCCUAUCAUCGCUCAAGAUCAGAGACUCUCGAGCGAUGAUGAUAGUAAAAAAAAAAACAACCCUUAGCUUGGUUACAAAUUUAAACCUUACUUUGCAUCUUUCGUAUGCGACUGUUGGAAACAUACGACAGAUAAAAAGAUAAUACUUGCGUUUGUUCCUUUUGAAGAGAGCAACCUUGACUUGUCAAAUGUGACACAUACAAGCAACAAUGCUGUAGUGUCGAACGGUAUUUGGGAAAGCAAUGAAAUUGCAUGGGAAAGCAAUGAAAUUGCAUGGGAAAGCGAUCAAAUUUCUUAUAAUGUGUGACACUUUUUCAUUAUAUGACAGAAGACAAAUUUUAAAAAUUUUAAAGUUUAUCAGUGUCUCAUAAACCUUUAUAGCUUGGUGAAAAUGUGUUAAAUAACAUAAAGUUUUAUAAAAUACGGUAUUUUUACACACCCCUCGAUUUAUCCAAUACCUCGUGCGGAAUGUAUUCUUAUCCAUGCGAAAAGAUAAUACGUUAUUCUU